AAGCAUACCUAUACUCAUCAGCUUCUACCCACAGCUUAUUAGGAAUAUUGUGGGAAGUAAAUGUCCCUCUACUCUCAAAACACAUUCCAUUUUUACACACACAAAAAAAAGAGAAUAAUGUAAAAUAUAAAAACAAACUCUGAAGAAGUAAAUUCAAGUUAGUAAUGUUACCAGUUGCAUAGAUAUAUAUGUACUAUAUGUAUGUGUAAAUGAAUAUAAUCCAAUGUUAAGUAAUCACUCCCCCUGUAUUGUGUUCCAGUCCUUGGCUGCAUUGCCCCAGACCAGGUGGGGAUCACACAUACCCAUGAGCACCUGUCCAUGACAUUUGAAGUGACUUAUAUCCCACCUCCACCAGGAGAUGAGGGCAAGGUCAACCUGCCAUUUGAGAUGAAAAACUUGGGUUGGAUUCGCCAGUACCCAUACAGCCACAAACCUAAUCUGAUUUAUAAUGAUGAUGAUAGUCAUGAAGCAGUUAUCCAAGAAUUGAAAUACUUUAAGGAAUGUGGUGGAGGAACAAUAGUUGAAAACACCACCCAUGGCAUCACCCGUGACAUGUGUUAUCUGAAGAGAGCGGCAGAGGAAUCUGGAGUGAACGUCAUAGCAGGAUCAGGAUACUAUGUUAGUGCUUCACACCCAUCUCAGAUGGAUGCAAUGAGAGUAGAAGACAUUGUGGAGGUGAUGAGAAAUGAUUUUCUCACUGGCUGUGAUGGGACAGACAUCAAGUGUGGAGUCAUUGGCGAGAUUGGAUGUUCCUGGCCUUUACAUGACAAUGAAAAGAAAGUUCUCAGGGCCACUGUAGAGGCUCAGACCCAGCUUGGCUGUCCAGUUAUCAUCCAUCCUGGCCGCCAUCACGAGGCCCCGUCGGAAAUUGUCCGCCUGUUGCAAGAGGAGGGCGGAAAUACUGGGAAAACUGUCAUGUCUCACUUGGACAGAACGUUCCAUGCUGAUGACCUGUUGCUCGACUUUGCCAAGAUGGGGACUUAUUUAGAAUUUGACCUAUUUGGUUUUGAAAAUUCCAAUUACCAAACUAACCCAGCCGUUGAUAUGCCUGGUGACGGAGAGCGUAUUCGUAGAAUUAAGAUUCUCUUUGACAACGGUUUCGACAAAGUUGUGAUAUCACAUGACAUGCAUUUCAAGCAUAGACUAAUAAAAUAUGGUGGACAUGGCUACACCCAUAUUCUUCGCAAUGUGCUGCCGCAGAUGCGUCGUCGGGGUGUGACCCAGGAGCAGAUUGACAAGAUGUUGAUUGACAACCCCAGGGAGUGGCUCACUUUUCUUUAAAGGACGUGGGCAUCUCAAAUUCUGGGGAGAGCUUAAAUGCUUUCUGAGAGCAUUCAUUCCAGUAGCAAGCCAGUGGGAACAUCAGGAGUGCAUUCAUUCACCAAGAAAAAAUGGACAAUCACUGAAAAGGAUAACAGAAACAAAAUUUCUAUGCAAAAUACCGGAAGACUCCAAAUUAGUUGGAAUUGCAACCACUUCCAAUCUUACCCUCUUGAGAACCGCGUAUCUUGUAAUUUUUUGCGAAGAAAAAUAUUAUUUUGCCGCAAACAGACAAACCAUAGGCUAACUUAGUCAAUGUUAAACCCAUGUGCACAAAUAAAGAAGUUGGCACUCAA